UCCUGGCUCUGUGAGCCUCUACCACAGCCCUGGUUCUGUGAACCUCUGCCACAGCCCUGGCUCUGUGAGCCUCUACCACAGCCCUGGUUCUGUGAACCUCUGCCACAGCCCUGGCUCUCCAUCACCUCUCCCAUCUCUUACCUCCCCUCUGUUCCCUUCCUUUCUUCAUCUGUUUGUACCCCCUGUGUCCCUCCAUGCCUCGCUCAUUGUCAAACGAGGCCGGGGUCCUUUGUCUGUGUAUGGGAGCCCGUGGUUUAACGGCUGGGGGUUCAACCUGCCUAGGGGCCAGUCUCUGCUGGAUAAAUGGAACCAAGUCCCAGAGGGCAUUGACAUCCUCAUGACCCACUGCCCUCCCCUCGGGUUCAGAGACUGGGUUCCUAAGGAGCUGCAGAGGGUGGGCUGUGUGGAGCUGCUCAACACGGUCCAGAGGAGGGUCCGGCCCAAACUACACGCCUUCGGAGGAAUACAUGAAGGGUAUGGCAUCAUGACUGACGGCUGCACCACGUUCAUCAACUCCUCCACGUGCACGAUCAGCUUCCAGCCCACCAACCCCCCAAUCGUGUUCGACCUGCCCAACCCCUCCAGCUCCUGAGAAUGACCAGUGAAAGAGGGGGGGGGGGGGUUUGUUGGCCAGAAUAACCUUUUUUUUCUAACAAAUAAUGUCAAAAUAAUUAUAUUAAGUGUUUCUCUCAAAUAUUGUUAUUUUGUAAGCUGUAAAGUGAAAGAGUGUGGGGGGUGUAGGG